AUGUCUUCCGCCAUCAACCAAGUCUUUCCUAGACUCAGUGCGUUCAAGUGCCCUGAAAGAGGAUCCUUCCUAUUCAGAGCCACGUCACAUAAUGGACAGUCUUGGGACUUCCAACUUGACGCUAGAGCUCAGAAGAUGGUGACUCCGGGUCCUGUGAUUCGUGAGAUUCUUGAGAGUGAUCUGUUCCCGAAAUAUUAUUACAUUAGUGAUAAAUUUCAAGCGUACGUUAUGUUCGCCUAUAAUAGAGUUUCCAACCAACACGAACAAUUCACAUAUUGCUGGAAAACGAAACAACUCAAGCAAGUGAAUGAUCUUCAACAAACAUAUGACCCAAAGAACGAUACGUCAGAAUUUGUAAUGAAUGUUUACAAACCAUGGGCGACAGUUGUCGUCGAGAGAGCUGGAAAUGGAUCAGUUAAGAUGUUUUCGCAGGACAGACGGAGACUUGCACCGGCGCCAGUGACAAUGUUGGUAGACUUUGAUGACCAUGACCGUUAUAUCCGACGACUGCCAAUGUACAAGAUAAGAUAUUGCCACCACAACCAGAAGAACGUCAUCUACGUUCGUUACAAGAAUGAAUUCCGGAAGUUUGUCUUCAAUGAGGAUACCAAACAACUCGAGGAGCUCAAGUGUGAUAGCUGCUCUGUCAUCACUACAGAUGACCUCUAUCCACAGUAUGUUGCGGAGUCCCGUUCGCUCAAUCGUGAUGUGAUUUUUGUUUGGAAUAGUGUCACUCAACAAAUUGAGCAGUACAUCUUCAAUAUCUCCAAGAUGCGAUUCGAACAAGUCCAGGACAGUAAGGUAGUGUACGAUCCAGAAGAGUGGAAACAGAGAAUUGGGUUCAUUAUGUAUAAUGAAAAUGAAGAAGAGGACGUGCUUUUCGGCCCGAUGAUCAGUGCCGAUGCAACACUGAAAAUAGGAGAAUAUUCGGAGAAACUCAAUAAAGUAGUUCCGGUGCCAGGGACGACAGCAGUGAUUACUUUUUUCAAUGAGGAAAAGAGAAAGUUAGAAGAAAAGAAGAAACAGUUGGAAGAGAAGAAGAAGAUGGAGGAAACCAUAAAGUUGGAGAAAAAUAAAAUGUUGGAACAAGAGAAGAAGCUCAUCGGGAUGAAGGACGACAGCGACUCAUCUGGAUUCGAGGAUGAUGAAUCGAUUUUCACAUAUUCUUCGGAUGACCAGAUGUUGGAAGAAAACUAUCGUCUGAUGGAGUAUCAAAUCGGAAAAAUGCUCUUUUGA